AAUACUCAAAGGGAGAUGUGCAGCAAUGGGGUCAUUUAAGACUUCUGUUUUCAUCUUGGUCCUUCCCCUUCUGGAAGGGGCCCUGAGCAAUUCACUCAUUCGGCUGAAUAAUAACGGCUAUGAAGGCAUUGUCAUUGCAAUUGACCCUAAUGUGCCAGAAGAUGAAACACUCAUCCAACAAAUAAAGGACAUGGUGACUCAGGCAUCCCCAUUUCUGUUUGAAGCUACAGAAAAAAGAUUCUAUUUUAAAAAUGUUGCCAUUUUGAUUCCUGAAAAAUGGAAGAAAAAGCCUGAGUAUGUGAGACCAAAACUUGAGACCUACAAAAAUGCUGAUGUUUUAGUUGCUGAACCUAAUCCUCCAGGUAACGACGAUCCCUAUACAGAACAGAUGGGAACUUGUGGAGAAAAGGGCGAAAGGAUUUAUUUCACUCCUGAAUUCAUAGCAGGAAAAAAAUUGCACCAAUAUGGACGAAAAGAAAGGGUAUUUGUCCACGAAUGGGCUCAUCUACGAUGGGGAGUAUUUAAUGAAUACAAUAAUGAGCAGAAAUUCUACUUAUCAAAAGGGAAAAGAGAAGCAGUAAGAUGUUCGGCAACUAUUACUGGUAAAACUGUAGUACAGGUGUGUCAGGGAGGCAGCUGUAUCACCAGACGAUGCAAAAUUGACCAAGUCACAGGGCUGUACGAAAAAGGAUGUGAGUUCAUACCUGCUGACAAGCAAAAGGAAAAGGCUUCCAUAAUGUUUGCACAAAAUGUUGAUUCUGUGGUCGCAUUCUGUUCAGAAAAAAACCACAACAAAGAGGCCCCAAACCAGCAAAACCAAAAAUGCAAUCUCCGAAGCAUAUGGGAAGUGAUUCGAGAUUCUGAGGACUUUAAGACAACCACACCUAUGACGACACAGCCACCCAAACCCACCUUCUCAUUGCUGCAGAUCACACAAAGAAUUGUGUGUUUAGUCCUUGAUAAGUCUGGAAGCAUGACGCUUGGUGACCGCCUUAAACGACUGAAUCAAGCCGGCAAACUUUUCCUGCUGCAAACAGUUGAGCAAGGGUCCUGGGUCGGGAUGGUGACAUUUGACAAUGCUGCCCAAGUACAAAGUGCACUCAUACAGAUCAACAGUGGCACUGACAGGAACGCGCUCACCAAAAGGUUACCCACGGCGGCUGCAGGAGGAACGUCCAUCUGCACUGGGCUUCGAUCAGCAUUUACUGUGAUUAGGAAGAAAUACCCAACAGAUGGAGCUGAAAUCGUGCUACUGACCGAUGGGGAGGACAACACUAUAAGUGUGUGCUUUAAUGAAGUGAAACAGAGCGGAGCCAUCAUCCACACAGUUGCCCUGGGGCCCUCUGCAGCGAAAGAACUAGAGGAGCUGUCUAAAAUGACAGGAGGUUUACAGACAUAUGCUUCAGAUCAGGCUCAGAACAACGGCCUUAUUGAUGCUUUUGGAGCCCUUUCCUCAGGAAAUGGAGCUGUCUCCCAGCGCUCCAUCCAGCUUGAGAGUCGGGGCUGGACCCUCCAGAACACGCAAUGGAUAAAUGGCACAGUGAUAGUGGAUAGCACUGUGGGAAAUGACACUCUGUUCCUCAUCACCUGGACAGUACAGCCUCCCCAAAUCCGUCUCUGGGACCCCAGCGGGAAGCUACAAAAUGGCUUUUUAGUGGACACACACUCCAGAAUGGCCUACCUCCAAAUCCCAGGCACUGCUAAGGUUGGCGUUUGGAAUUACAGCCUACAAGCAAGCUCGCAAACCCUGACUUUGACUGUCACCUCCCGCGCAUCAAGUGCUACCUUGCCUCCAGUUACAGUGACCUCAAAAAUGAACAAAGACACAGGAAAAUUCCCUAGUCCUAUGGUCGUUUAUGCAAAGAUUCACCAAGGAUCCUUGCCGAUUCUUGGGGCCAGUGUCACAGCCCUGAUAGAAUCAGAGAAUGGAAAUACAGUUACCUUGGAAUUAUUGGACAAUGGAGCAGGUGCUGAUGCUACUAAGGAUGACGGUAUAUAUUCAAGGUAUUUUACAGCUUAUGAUACAAAUGGAAGAUACAGUGUAAAAGUGCGGGCUCUCGGAGGAGUGCAGACAGCCCGACGGAGGCCAAUGCCCCAGCAGAACGGAGCCAGGUACAUACCUGGCUGGAUUGAGAAUGGUGAAGUAAAAUGGAACCCAGCAAGACGUGAAGUUAAUGAGGAUGGUCUUCAAGGCAAGAAAGUGUGUUUCAGCAGAACAGCCUCGGGAGGUUCGUUUGUGGCCUCCAAUGUCCCUAAGGCUCCCAUACCUGAUCGCUUCCCACCUUGUCAAAUCACCGACCUGAAGGCAAAAAUACAAGGGGAAAGUCUUAUUAAUCUGACAUGGACGGCUCCUGGGGAUGAUUAUGACCACGGGAGAGCCUACAAGUACAUCAUUGGAAUAAGCACCAAUAUUCUUGAUCUCAGAGACAAGUUCAAUGAAUCGGUUCAAGUGAACACUACCGAUCUCAUUCCCCAGGAGGCCAGCGCUAAGGAAGUCUUUGUGUUUAAACCAGAAAGCAUCGCUUUUGAAAACGGCACGGACCUCUACAUUGCUGUUCAGGCUGUUGAUAAGGUCAACCUCAUGUCAGAAAUCUCCAACAUUGCACGAGUAUCUUUGUUUAUUCCUGCACAGACUCCACCAGAGACGCCUAGUCCUUCUCUUCCCUGCCCCGAUAUUAAUGUCAAUAGCACCAUUCCUGGCAUUCACAUUUUAAAAAUUAUGUGGAAGUGGCUCGGAGAAUUGCAGCUGUCCGUAGCCUUGGGCUGAGUUUUCAUGAGAUAAAUAAACCAUCCAUCCUUCUUUUGAAUAUAAAGCUUUCUAAAAUGUAUUUUAGAUUUCCUGUAAGGGGCAAAUUAAUCAAAUAAAAUGCUAAACA